AGGAUGCAAGCGCGGUGGCCGGGACAGCUCUGGGCCGCUCUGCUGGCGCUGGGGGCGCUGGCGGGCGUUGUCAUCGGAGAGUCCAACAUCUGUACCACACGAGGCGUGAACUCCUGCCAGCAAUGUCUGGCUGUGAGUCCUGUGUGUGCCUGGUGCUCGGAUGAGACUCUGUCUCCCGGCUCACCCCGCUGUAACCUGAAGGAGAACCUCCUGAAGGACAACUGUGCUCCAGAGUCUAUUGAGUUCCCAGUCAGUGUGGCCCAGAUCCUGGAGGCUAGACCACUCAGCAGCAAGGGCUCAGGAGACAGCGCCCAGAUCACUCAAGUCAGCCCCCAGAGGAUUGCCCUUCGACUACGGCCAGAUGAUUCGAAGAUCUUUUCGCUUCAAGUGCGGCAGGUAGAGGAUUACCCCGUGGACAUCUACUACUUGAUGGAUCUGUCUUACUCCAUGAAGGAUGACCUGUCGAGAAUCCAGACCCUGGGUACCAAGUUGGCCUCUCAGAUGCGCAGGCUUACUAGCAACCUUCGGAUUGGCUUUGGGGCCUUUGUGGACAAGCCUGUAUCGCCGUACAUGUACAUCUCCCCACCACAGGCAAUCAAGAACCCCUGUUACAGUAUGAAGAAUGUCUGCUUGCCCAUGUUUGGCUUCAAGCACGUGCUGACACUAACUGACCAGGUGACCCGAUUCAAUGAGGAAGUGAAGAAACAGAAUGUGUCACGUAACCGAGAUGCCCCAGAGGGCGGUUUUGACGCCAUCAUGCAGGCUACAGUCUGUGAUGAAAAAAUUGGCUGGAGGAAUGAUGCAUCCCAUUUGCUAGUGUUUACCACUGAUGCCAAGACCCAUAUCGCCCUGGAUGGAAGGCUGGCAGGCAUUGUCCUGCCCAAUGACGGGCGCUGUCACAUUGGCACUGACAACCACUAUUCUGCCUCCACUACCAUGGAUUACCCAUCGCUGGGGCUGAUGACUGAGAAACUAUCCCAGAAAAACAUUAACUUGAUCUUUGCAGUGACUAAAGAUGUUGUCAGCCUUUACCAGAAUUAUAGUGAGCUCAUCCCUGGGACCACAGUGGGAGUCCUGUCUCAUGACUCAAGCAAUGUCCUCCAGCUCAUUGUUGAUGCUUAUGGGAAAAUCCGCUCUAAAGUGGAGCUGGAAGUCCGUGACCUCCCGGAAGAGCUAUCGCUGUCCUUCAAUGCCACCUGCCUCAACAACGAGGUCAUCCCAGGCCUCAAGUCUUGUGUGGGCCUCAAGAUUGGAGACACGGUGAGUUUUAGUAUCGAGGCCAAGGUGCGUGGUUGCCCCCAGGAGAAGCAGCAAUCUUUCACUAUUAAGCCUGUGGGCUUUAAGGACAGCCUCACUGUCCAGGUGACCUUCGACUGUGACUGUGCCUGCCAGGCCUUUGCCCAGCCUUUCAGCCCACGCUGCAACAAUGGUAACGGGACCUUUGAGUGUGGGAUGUGCCGCUGUGACCAGGGCUGGCUGGGGUCCAUGUGUGAGUGCUCCGAGGAGGACUACCGACCCUCUCAGCAGGAAGAGUGCAGCCCCAAGGAGGGCCAGCCCAUCUGCAGCCAGCGGGGCGAGUGCCUCUGUGGCCAGUGUGUCUGUCACAGCAGUGACUUUGGCAAGAUCACUGGCAAGUACUGUGAGUGCGAUGACUUCUCCUGCGUCCGCUACAAAGGGGAGAUGUGCUCCGGCCAUGGCCAGUGCAACUGUGGGGACUGCGUGUGUGACUCGGACUGGACUGGCUACUACUGCAACUGUACCACACGCACCGACACCUGCAUGUCCACCAACGGGCUGCUGUGCAGCGGCCGGGGCAACUGCGAGUGUGGGAGCUGCGUGUGCGUCCAGCCAGGCUCCUAUGGGGACACCUGUGAGAAGUGUCCCACCUGCCCAGAUGCCUGCUCAUUUAAGAAGGAGUGUGUGGAGUGUAAGAAGUUCAACAGGGGCACGCUGCACGAAGAAAACACCUGCAACCGCUACUGCCGUGAUGACAUCGAGCCUGUGAAAGAGCUGACGGAUACUGGCAAGAACGCGGUGAAUUGUACCUACAAGAACGAGGAUGACUGUGUCGUCAGAUUCCAGUACUAUGAAGACACCAAUGGAAGGGCCGUCCUCUAUGUGGUGGAAGAGCCUGAGUGUCCCAAGGGUCCUGAUAUCCUGGUGGUCCUGCUGUCAGUGAUGGGGGCCAUUCUGCUCAUCGGCCUUGCCACUCUGCUCAUCUGGAAGCUACUCAUCACCAUCCAUGACCGGAAGGAAUUUGCUAAAUUUGAGGAGGAACGAGCCAGAGCCAAGUGGGACACAGCAAACAACCCACUGUAUAAAGAGGCCACCUCCACUUUCACCAAUAUCACCUACCGGGGGACUUAAUGAGAAGAGGUCAUCCUUAGACCAUUGUCGGAUGAUGCCAGAACUGUGGGAGUCUCUGCCAUUAUGUUUACAGAGGACAUUUUUUUUGUGUGUG